GUUCUUUCCAUGGGCAUCGAUAUAUAUUGCAAAUUCUGAUCCGCCGUCCAGAACAACUCUUUCCUUACGAACACCCCAUUCUCAAUUUCCGGUCCGAAUUUAAAAAAAAAAAAAUUCAAUUUUGUUCAAUCUAUUCUCUUCGAAAUCAAUUGAUUCAAUUUUGAUGAAUUCAUCGUAAUUGAUACGGAAAUCCGGUCGAUCUCGUCUUCUUCGUUCUCGAGCUAAUCGGAUUUGUUUUUUUUGCUGAUUUAAUAGACUUUGCUGUUGAAAUGGCAUCAACAGCUGGAGCUCCGCAAUGGUUGAGGGGAAUAGUUAAAGCUGUUCCAUCUGGCGACAGCCUGGUCAUAAUGGGGAACACCAAGACUGGAAUUCCCCAAGAGAAGACUAUCACUUUGUCAUCCCUAAUGGCUCCUAAGUUGGCCCCCCGCAGAGGAGGUUCUGAUGAGCCGUUCGCGUGGGAGAGCAGAGAAUAUUUGAGGAAACUUUCUAUUGGAAAGGAGGUGACAUUCAGAGUGGAUUACGCUGUACCUGCUAUCAAUAGGGAAUUUGGCUCUGUUUUCCUUGACAACAAGAAUGUGGCUUCCCUUGUUGUUGCUGCAGGCUGGGCAAGGGUUAGGGACCAAGGUCAGCAGAAAGGAGACGUCAGUCCUUACUUGGCAGAAUUGCUACGUCUUGAAGAACAGGCCAAACAGCAAGGCCUUGGUCGUUGGAACAGGGAACCAGGUGCUUCUGAGGCCGCCAUUAGGGACCUGCCGCCUUCCGCUGUCGGGGAUGGUGGUAAUUUUGAUGCUAUGGCUCUUUUGGACGCUAAGAAAGGUAGCCCCUUGGAGGCUAUUGUGGACCAGGUUCGUGAUGGAAGCACCAUUCGUGUUUAUUUGCUUCCGGAAUUUCAGCAUGUCCAAGUGUUCGUCGCAGGGAUUCAGGCUCCAUCUGCUGGCAGAAGGGCUGCAGCGGAAUCUGUUAUUGCUACAGAGUCGCCUUCUGGUGAACAAAAUGGAGAUUCCACCACUGAAGUUCGUGGUCCACUAACAUCUGCACAGAGACUUGCUGCUGGGACAGGAAAUAUGGUUGAAGUUCCCGCAGAUCCAUAUGGGAGAGAAGCAAAACAUUUCACAGAGAUUCGUGUAUUGCACAGAGAUGUCAGGAUUGUAUUGGAGGGUGUUGAUAAAUUCAGCAAUUUGACGGGCUCUGUCUAUUAUCCUGAUGGAGAAUCAGCAAAGGACUUGGCAUUUGAGCUUGUUGAAAAUGGUUUGGCUAAAUAUGUGGAGUGGAGCGCAAGCUUGCUAGAAGAUGAUGCUAGACGGAAGUUGAAGACUGCUGAACUUCAAGCAAAGAAGACCCGACUAAGAAUCUGGACUAAUUACGUUCCCCCAGAAACAAACUCGAAGGCCAUUCAUGACCAGAACUUCACUGGAAAAGUCAUUGAAGUUGCAAGUGCAGAUUGUAUUGUUGUCGCUGAUGAUUCCUUGCCAUUUGGAGAUCCAAACGCAGAGCGAAGAAUCAAUCUCUCAAGUAUAAGGGGCCCUAAAAUGGGCAAUCCUCGUAGGGAUCAGAAACCCGAUCCUUAUGCCCGUGAUGCUAAGGAAUUUCUUAGAACACGCUUAAUUGGCCGUCAAGUGAAUGUUUCAAUGGAGUAUUCCAGAAAAGUUACCUUCGCAGAUGGAGCAGCAUCUGCUGCGGGCCCCGCAGAUUCAAGGGUGAUGGAUUUUGGAUCUGUUUUCCUUAUUCAUCCGCCUAAGGAUGGUGAAGAUGCUGCGGCAACUGGUGCAGCUGCCCAACAGACCGGGGCAAACAUUGCCGAGCUUUUAGUUGCUCGUGGUUUUGCAACUGUUGUUAGGCACCGAGAUUUCGAGGAGAGAUCAAAUUUCUACGACGCCCUCCUUUCUGCUGAAUCACGUGCAAUUUCUGGGAAGAAGGGCAUGCAUUCUGCCAAGGACCCACCUGUGAGACAUGUGACAGACCUUCUAACGGCUAAUGCGAAGAGAGCAAAAGACUUCUUACCGUCUCUGCAACGCAGUAGAAGGAUGCCAGCUGUUGUUGAAUACGUACUCAGCGGUCAUCGUUUUAAGAUUGAUAUUCCCAAGGCAACAUGCAGUGUUGCUUUCUCGUUAUCUGGUGUUAGAUGCCCAGGCCGUGGUGAACCUUAUUCUGAAGAAGCCAUCGCUUUUAUGAGGCGGAGAAUAAUGCAGAGGGAUGUUGAGAUUGAAGUCGAAACCGCUGAUAGAACUGGAACUUUCUUGGGAACCUUAUGGGACAACAAAACCAAUGUGGCUAUACCACUUUUGGAAGCCGGGUUGGCCAAGCUUCAAACUUUUGGCUUGGAUAGGAUCCAAGAUGCUCAUCUUCUUACUCAAGCUGAACAGUCGGCUAAACAGAAGAAGUUGAAGAUAUGGGAGAACUAUGUCGAGGGAGAGGAUGUCCCUAACGAUUCUGGUUCAACUGUUGAAAGAAGACAGAAAAAAGAGGAGUUGAAGGUUGUGGUUACCGAAGUGCUGGAAGGUGGAAAAUUUUACGUUCAGUCAGUAGCCGACCAGAAAGUGUCCGCUAUACAGAAGCAGCUUUCUUCUUUAAGCCUUCAAGACACUCCUUUAAUUGGUGCCUUCAAUCCCAAGAAGGGGGAUAUUGUUUUGGCUCAGUUCAGUGCAGAUAAAUCUUGGAACCGUGCAAUGAUUGUGAACACACCACGUGGUGUUGUGGAAUCUGGAAACGACAAGUUUGAGGUGUUUUACAUAGACUAUGGGAAUCAAGAAUUCGUUCCCUUCAGCGAACUUCGCCCCCUCGAAGCUUCGGUGUCAUCUGCACCCGGCCUUGCCCAGCUUUGCAGUCUAGCACACAUCAAGGUUCCUGGCUUGGAAGACGAUUAUGGACAGGAGGCAGCUUUUCGCCUGAGCGAACUCCUUUUAAGUUCUGCAAAAGAAUUUAAGGCUGUGAUUGAAGAGAAGGACACAUCAGCUGGCAAAGUCAAAGGACAAGGAACCGGGACCGUGUUUUUGGUCACUUUGAUCGAUACUGAAGCUGAGACAAGCAUCAAUGCAAUUCUGAUACAGGAGGGACUUGCUAGGUUGGAGAAAAGGCGAAGAUGGGAGCCUAAGGACAAGCAGCAAGCUUUGGAUGAGUUGACUGAAGUUGAAGAAGCAGCUAAGAAGGCGAGGCUUGGUAUGUGGGAGUACGGUGAUAUUGCUUCUGAUGACGAGGAUAACGGUCCUCCUGCAAGGAAACCCGCUGCUGGAAAACGGUAAUCAAGAAAAAAUAAAAAAAAAGACAGAACUUUGCUUUUAAUUCCAGCCUGUACCAUUACUAGGUAGUAACUUAUGGGCCCCACAUCGGUCCGAUUACGAGCCGGUCUUGAAAUCAACUACAGGUAGAGAUGUUUUAAUUAUAGAGAGCGAACUUUUAAAAGGCCGAUACUGUUUCGAUUUUUACUUGUAUCUUAUAAAAACUCGGCCAUAAGUUGGUUGUUUGUAGGUGAGGAAACAUUUUUGUUUUAUUUAUUUUACUUUUUUUUUUUUUAAAGUUGGAUCUUAAUAAGGCAGCUGCCUACAACUUUGUCUUGAACUUUUUGUUGUUUUAUCUAUUAGAAAAGAAUUUUUGUUUAA